AUGCCUCCCGAAUCUGAAGAAGAGGAAGAUGAUUCUUCAUCCGAAGAAACUGUGGAAGAUUCAAAUGAAUCGGGUAAUCGGCGACGACGUCGUCGUUCUAUGGAAGUUAUGGGACAACCGAUACCGGAAAGUCAGGAAGCUCGUGCACUUCCUGGACUACCAGAUCCAGCAAUGAUUUUAAAAAUUGCUGAAAUUCUUACCACAGUUGGACAAGAAAUUCUACCUGUUUUGGUUCAAGGUAAUACAGCCGUUGAUUCGCUAGUUGAUAAUUACGUUGAGAACGAAAUGAAAAUUGUUAAAAAUAUUAAAAAUCAAAUCGAUGCGAUUGCAAAGAAUUUGAAUAGGAAAUAA